CACAAAAAAAUCUUUUCGAAGUUCAAACCAAAUCAAGCAAACAAGCCAAGAACAAUCACCAUGUCCAGCUGUUGUGGAAGCUCACUCAAGCACAAGGUGCCAGAGAUUGUCAAGCUSRAUGACGACAAGGCCAAYGAUAUGCGUGAGGCACUCAUCAUGAAGGAGGUGAAACUCCCUCUUGCCACCCAGACCCACGAGGUUUGCUGGGAACCGGUGACCCAGCAUGUUUACGUGACGCAAAUGACCAACUCAACCCUGGUCCGAAUUGGUGUCGACUCCAAGGGUAUGCUCCUCGACAAGAUGGAAGCAUGGAGAGUAGGCCCCGAAAAUGGUGGACUUCACAACGCCAGUAUUUCCUACAAGAACCCUGGAUGUCUCUGGCUGACCUGUCAGUAUCUAAACCUCCUCCUCCUCGUCGAUGUUCGCCCAGAGAACAUGAUGCAAGUCAAGGAAAUCUAUCAAGUCCCAUCCUACUUCAAGGACCCAAAAACCGACCAGRUCUUGCACAUCGGUGGUCCCCACUGCACACGUGAGUGCCCUCACACUGGCCAGAUGUGGGCAUGCCUUAAGGGUGCACUCGACGACAACAAGAACAACAACCCUUGCGGUAAACUCAGUCAGUGCUGCGACCCCGAAAAGCUCAAGGCAAAUAUGGAAGAACACAGCAAGGAUCCCGAGUACGACAUCAAGAUUCCGAACAGUUACGCCGUGUGGCAGUUAGACACCAAGAAUUACGACCCGAACUCCGAGUGCGGUGCCAAGGGAGGAAAACUCUACCACUGCCGCAACUCCCCACCCAUGCUUGCCCUAGACGCGAAGGGAAACGCKUGGAUCCCACAGGAUCAGUCCGACACCAUUCAGUUCAUCGACCAAGAGAAAAAGGAAUCCGUGCAACUCCAAAUUCCCUGGCCCGAGGAUGCCAAGAUCGCCGAAAAACAUACCGGCCCCGGCAUUGCGACGGCACCGGACGGYUCUAUUUGGAUGGUCCAGCUCGAGACUAACGCAACACUGGUCCGAAUCGAUCCCGAAACCCAGAAACGGACUCUGUACGACAUCCAAACMCCGGAAUGGGCACGCGGGAUUCGMAUGAUCCACCUCGACUUCCGCGCGGCCUCGGUUCCGGAGCAUCCCAACCGCAUCUACGCGAUUUCAAGCACGCUUCUCCAGGACGAGUCGACGGACGCUCUUUUCAUCAUGAAYAUGUGCAAUGACUGGAAAUGCAUCGAAGGAAUGCGAAUUGUUCCGUUGCCCUCRCAGGGAAGUGCCUGUCAUCGCAUCGCCUAUUGCGAAAUCGAGGACGGGGACGAUGAAUGUGACGAUGGAUCCGUCUUUAUCACGGAACUGAGCAAGUCUAAGCUUCUMCAGGUCAAGGUCAACAAUGACGUCCUCAUGCACGGUCUCACCGAAGAAGUUAUCGCCUGGGAAGGCUUUGAACACCGCAAGUAUGCGAUGACCGAUGAAACAUUUUUCGGACGUUAAAAUGAGAAGAGAAGAGAAGAGUUUUGAACCUGAGGCAAACAAGGAAGUGAAGGCAGAAGCUGGUCCAUAUAUUCACAAAAUUCAAAAUACAAUGGUUUUGUAGUC